AUGCUGACGAAAAUAGAGAGACACACAGAGUUAAAGAGCCGCGGUGGAUGUGAAGCACCACCAUUAAGCCCUGCGGAAAAAUCCGCCGACAUCACUGUCCUCGACCUGACCGACUACUCAUUUCAAUCGUCUGUCACUUACGCCUGUCCAUACGGAAAGGUUUUUAGCGGAACCCUAUCCCGGUACCAGGCUUUCACUUGUUUCGGUCCUGUUGGUUGGAAUCGCCCUGAAACCCUUUCCUGCGAAAAUGACAUGUUCAUUCCGUCCUCAAGUGGUCCCGGAAAUUCCUGGGAUGCCGUCAAGAAAUGCUACGCAAACGGAAGGGCUGGAUUAGUGGAGAUAGUCAACAUAACUGGAAGAAAUAUCUUCAGGAGCCUGGCAAACUAUAACAGCGAUCAUUUGUAUAUGACAUCUGGCUCAAGGCUGCGUGACAUGCAAAUGGGCAUAAACAAUGAUUCAGCUUUUUGGGACUCAACUGGCAUUCAACUGGUUCCCCUCAAUCCCUCUGCUCUGUGGAAAAGCGGGGAACCCAGCAACAACAUGGGAAUUCAGUAUUCAGUGAAUUUCAAAGAUGGCAAACUCGAGGAUGGGCAGUAUAACAAGACCGAUAUCUACGCUGGAUGCCAAAAAUCCACACCAACCAGCUGUAGACGACCUCCUCUAGGAACUCAGCACAUGGCGAUGAACAUAACAGUCAAUCUCACCUCAGACACAGAAAUGUACCCAUAUGGAUCCAUUGCAGCGUAUAAAUGUCCUCCAGGGAAACUGUUUCCCAAUGGCCAAAAUGUUCUUCUCGCAACCUGCUACGGAUCAGCAGGUUGGGACAGAGAUCUGUACAUGUCCUGCAGCGUUGCACCAGACGUUUUCGAACCAGACCAUCAGUUCUUUGGCUCUGUGUGGGAAGCUGCAGAGCUUUGUUUCUCUCAGGGUGCAGGGUUGCCAAUCGUCAGGAAUUCCUCUUCUUUCUGUGACUUCUGGUACGCAGUGAACCCUGCUAAAAACUCGACGUACUAUUCGGGACACUCGAGGGUGCAAGACGUCCAGAGUGGGCAAGUGGACAAAACUGUUUACCGAAAUCCAAUAGAUAACACUGAGCUGUCCAGCUCAUUGUUCAGCUGGGGAUCUGACGAUCCUUCGGAUUCCACAAAUGAAGAACUGAUUUUAGCAUUCAGCAGUGAUAAAAUGAUUGACAUGUUCACAGAUUGCAACAAGUCCCCUACCAGAAAUUUCUUCUGUAGAACAGCUUGCCAAAAGUCAUCUCCAACAACCUGCAGAGCCCCGCCAAUCACACAGGCCAACAUCAAUGAAGGCAUGACUUGUGUGGUUUCAGGAUCACAGCAGUGUAAUGCCACCACAACACAAGCUUUUGCAUUCCACACUGUUGCCAGUUACACAUGUCCCAAGGGAACAGUGUUUGAUGGGACUUCAAGCAGGUUCCUAAAUGCAACCUGCUAUGGUAAUGUGGGAUGGAAGAGACCCAUGUCACUUGCUUGCGUUCCUCCUGCUACUGUGACAAUUGGGAGCAAUGAAUAUUUCUUGAUCCAAGUGGACAAAAGCAAGACAAGCUCUGAAAAAAGAAACACUUACUGGGCAGAAGCUUAUUGUCACUCUGAAGGUGGAACUUUGCCAUUAGUGAACUCCAGUUCUGAUUUGACCACUCUUGGGACCUAUCUUUCAUCACAAGGGGCAACAUCUGUUCAUCUUGGGAACAAUAUUAGCAAGCAAGUGUCAGAUGCAGGAGGUGACUUGAAAGUAGCCUGGGAUACUGCUUAUCCAGGAGUGCAAGGGCUUUGGCUUCCUGGAGAGCCAGCAUCAAAUUUGUCAAACUUGUGUUCACUGUUGGCAGUUGAUUCUUCAUCAGACGUCAACACCUUCAAGCUAAAGUCAGUCAAUUGCAAGUCUGGUUUCAGCAGUGUGCCAUGCACUGGAGCACUGGUCUGCGGUCUGUCCAAUGAUACAGGUUGUAGUCAACCUCCACCAUUGAGAACAGAGGUCUCAAGUAUGAGUGAUGGCAGUGAUGCAAAUACUGGGUCUUGGUUCCCAUUUUUAACCAAUGCUACAUACAAUGCUUGUGAAUGUGGGGAAGUGAGAGGUAGGAUUGACAACUCAUCUGCAUCACCUGUCAUUGUUGACACAGAUGUGACAUCUACUUGCUUUGGUCAGUUUGGAUGGUACAAGCGGAACUACACCAUUGACAGACGCAUCAUCUACAUCAACACAAAGCUCAACAUCAUCAUCAGGAUCAACAUCAACACUAUCUACAACCACAGGAGCUCCAACCGAACCUGGUUUGUGCCAAAAAACCUUUCUUUGUAAUUUUGGCAUGCUCUGCACAGCAUCUUAGAUCAUACGCUUUUUUGCACUGAGGGGAAAAAUGGGUCAUAGUUUAUGAUACAGGAAG